UGAAGAAUGAAAAUGCAGGACAUUAAUCGGUUGAACACUUCUAACCCGACUGUUCAGACCGACACAGAAACAGUUACACGGACAUUCAGCGACGAAAAGCCUUUAAUUAAUGAAUCUAAAGAAAGGUUAUUAGAUAAAAGGAAUAUUCCUGAAUAUCGCUGUGAGAUUUGUAGGAAAACAUUCUCUUCAGAACAGGAAGUUUUAACGCACAGAGAAAUACACAAAACAGAGAAACUAUAUCGAUGUGAAACGUGUGAGAAAGAUUUUGCUACUAAGCAUGCUUUAAGAAAACACAAAAAAUUACACAGUGAAGAAAAACCAUAUCAGUGUGAAUUAUGUGAGAAAUCAUUCGUCUGUAAAAGUUAUUUAACAAAGCACAAACGAAUACAUAUCUCGGAAAAAAAGUAUCGUUGUGAAACGUGUGACAAAGCAUUCUUUGAUGAAUAUAAUCUUGUAGUUCACGUUAGAAUUCAUACGGGUGAAAAACGGUAUCAUUGUGAAAUAUGUAAGAAGUCAUUCUGUCAUCGUUUUACUUUUGUAGCUCAUCAAAGAAUCCACACGGGUGAAAAACAGUAUCGUUGUGAAACUUGUGGUAAAUCAUUCUCUCAACGUUCUACCCUUAUACCUCAUCGACGAAUACACAGUGGGGAAAGGCCUUUUCACUGUGAUAUAUGUGGGAAAACUUUUGUGGUCAAAUCUGAUUUGAAAAACCACGUGAGGGUACAUACGGGAGAGAAACCCUUCACCUGUGAUCUCUGUGGCAAAUCUUUUACCGUUAGCAGCCACUUAAAAUCACACAUUAGGACUCAUACUGGAGAACGACCAUUCUGCUGUAAAAUUUGUGGGAAAUCUUUCAGUGAGAAUUCCAGUCUUGUAGAUCACCAACGGAAACAUACUGGGGAAAAACCGUAUCGGUGUGAAAUAUGUGAUAAGUAUUUCGCUUCUAAUAGUAACUUAAGAGCUCACCGGCGCAUACACACAGGAGAAAGGCCCUAUCGUUGUGAAACGUGUGGGCAGUCGUUUCUAACUAAUCCUAAUUUGGAGAGACACAAACGAAUCCAUAGUGGGGAGAAACCCUUCCGUUGUGAGACAUGUGGAAAACGUUUCUCUGAUAGUUCUAAUCUUGCAGGUCACAAAAGGACACAUAUCGGGGAUAAACGCUUCAUGUGUAAAACAUGUGGUAAUUCGUUUCCUGGGAGAUCAAGUCUUGCUAUUCACCAAAGAAUACACAGGGCAAUAAAACCAUGAAACUUUGAAAUCUGUGGAAAAUAUUUUGGAUCAAAAAAUGAUUAAAAAAAAGCACUUAGGAAUCCACGCUUGAGAAAAACCGUUCUAGUGUUCAUAUUCACAGUCACAUAUGCUG